CUCUCUCGGUCACACACUCGUCCCCACAUCCACGCGCACUCCCGCACCCUCCCUCUGCUCGGCACAGCGCUCACUGCGUCGACCACAACAGCACAAAUUCCCUGCCUUCCGCGGAACAACCAGCGUUCUUAAUCGCUACGGAAACCACCCGCACUCUGUUGCCAUGGAGCUCAACUUUGACAACGUCUCUUCCCCCCCCUCCUCCCCUACCAAUGGCCAUUUUGAUGAGCGAGAGAAGCUGUCAUCGCGGAAGCCAGGCACUAGCUCCUUUAGCAACCGCGCUAACGGCCUACCCAGCGCCCGCGACUCGGCCCACUGCAGCUUCUACCGUACGCGCACGCUGCAGACGCUCACCACUGAGAAACGCGCCAAGAAGGUGCGCUUCUACCGUAACGGGGACCGCUACUUCAAGGGGAUCGUUUACGCAGUGGCUAACGACAGGUUCCGCACCUUUGAGGCCCUGCUAGCUGACCUGACCAGAUCGCUAACGGAUCACGCUAACCUGCCACAGGGUGUGCGCUACAUCUUCACCGUCGAUGGCAGCCUAAAGAUCACCAGCCUGGAGGAGCUGGAGGAAGGCGAGUCUUACGUGUGCUCCUCUGAAAACUACUACAAGCGUCUGGACUACACCAAGAAUGUGAAUCCCAACUGGUCAGUGAACGUGAAGGCGUCCUCCUCCAGCUCGGCCGCUAAGAUGGCCGCGGCGUCCGGCGGCUCCUCUGUGUCACGUGAGUCGAAGGACUUCAUCCGGCCCAAGCUGGUGACGGUGAUGCGCAGUGGGUCGCGGCCGCGGAAGGCCGUGCGUGUGCUGCUCAACCGUAAGACUGCCCACUCCUUCGAGCAGGUGCUCACCGACAUCACCGACGCCGUCAAACUGGAGAGUGGAGCUGUCAAGAAAGUUUACACACUGGAUGGAAAACAGGUGACCUGUCUGCAGGACUUCUUUGGGGACGAUGACGUGUUCAUCGCCUGUGGCCCAGAGAAGUUCCGCUAUGCUCAGGAUGACUUCUCCCUCGACGAGAAUGCUCACAUGUCCACAGGAGCUAAGCCCAAGUGGCGAGGGUCUCCUAACCAAGAGUGCCGUAUGAAAGGGGUGAAGCCCCCGUCUGGCCGCUCGGCUAAGAGCCCUGGUCCCAUUCGCCGCAGCAAAUCACCAGCCGAAUCAACCAAUGGAACUGGCUCCAGUAGUCAGCUCUCCACUCCCAUCUCCAAACAGUCUCCCAUCUCCACCCCGACCAGCCCUGGGAGCACCCGCAAGCAGAAGGACCUUUACCUGCCCUUGUCUCUGGACGAUGAGGACUCCCUGGGCGAGUCGGUGUGAGCGCGCUCAGUCACUCCCCCGGCCGCCCUCUGAUGCUCCGCCCAUGAGGCGUGGCUGCGGCUGCUGCCCGCCUCUAGCACCAGCAUCACUCGGUUGCUAUGGUUACACCAGAGGGGAGAAGUCAGGCAGCAUCAGUAAUGGCACUUUGCUAUUGAUUAUGUUCUGAUGAUCUCUCUCUCUCUCUCUCACACACACACACACACACACACACACACACACACACACACACACACACACACACAUAUGCACACGCACACGCACACGCACACAAAGGUUAAACACUGAUACUUUGUAAAUUAUACUUUUGAAUGUCUUUGUUUUUUUUGCUCAUUUCAUUAUGUGAGAUAUAUGCAGGGCAUAUAUUAUCACUGGCAUCAUAAACACCGUGGAUUUCUAAAGACACAGAACAGAAACUUUCUUCUCCUAACACGUCAUCAGUAACAGUAUUUCUUAGUCUUUUUAAGGAUGUUUUCACCAGUGGAUUUACAUAGACUGUUUCUUGUUCAUUUUUUAAAUGUUCAUCUGGGCUCCUUUCAAUGUUGAAAUGUUUUUUUAUUGAUAUAUGGAGACAGGAAGUUUGAUACCAAACUUUACGAUGCUCACUUUGGUAACAACCUUACAGCCACAAAAACACAGUGAGUUCAGUUAUGUGCCUGCACUGACUAAGACAUUUUAACGAUUUUAAUGAUUUUCUAACUUUAUUACCCCCUUUAGGGUUUUUAUUUUUUAAUUAUUCUUCAUUCAGAAUUUAUAAUUAUUAUUGUUGCAAAAAAGGCUUUUGUAACGUUUUAUACUGAGACAAGAGUGUUGAUACCUGCCUUCCUAAGCAGUGGGUGGUUCCGAGGUGGUUGCUUUGAUUUCACUAGAAUGUAACAGUAUCAGUUUUAUCAGUUAGAACUGUUUUAAUAAUGAUAUCCUCACUUAUACUCUCUUUUACAGUCCAUCGGUCAUUCUUCAUCAGUGCUAUCCUGAUCUAAUCGAGAUAAACAAAACAAGUCUGAACACAAACCCAAAAUGAAAAUCCAUUUUGUACAUAGUACAACUAUCCAUUUUGAUAGCUGUUGGCUUGGCUUGCACUCAAGUGAGCCAAAACACUGGCACAGAUACAACCAGUUAAACACGGCGUGAAAAACACGAGAAACAAUUUGACCGUCCGCCGCUAAUGCCUGGAGAAGCACGACGAUCUCAGCACAUACAUCACCUGAGGGCGCACGCGAGGGACGGUCGUCCUGCACAGCGACACUAACUACAUUUGGAUGAGGCUGAUUUAUAAACUGAAAUACAUUUAGAACUUGAUAAUGAUUCCUUAAGUGAUUUAUAAAGCACACUGCGUUAGAAUGCCAUUAUCACUUUACAUAGAACAUUCUGUUCAGUGCGCACCCUUACUUUUCCAUUGGAUACAAAUGUCUUUUGAUGGCAGGUUGUUUUAGUAUGGAAAAGGAAGCAUUUGCUAUGUUUAUGUAAAUACAAUGUACAGUCAUGCUUUACAUUCAACAUACAGGACACAAAACCAUAAAAAUUAAGGAAAAAAAAAACUUGCACAAACCCUCACAUUCAACAUUAUCUCAUGUGUAUCCAUAUUGGUCGUAUUAAUUGAUGAUUCAUCUGUAAAAGCUAAAGGAAAUGUUUUUUUGUGUAAAGGAAGCACCUGCCCUAGGAUCGAGCAGUACAGAAUAAAACCGCCAAAGCUGACAGCCAAUCAGGCCCCCCUGCAUUAAAUGACUAAAGCACACCAACUAACCAACCAACCAACCAUCUCUCCAAAUUAAUGUGACGUCAUAGAACAUGACUCGAGACAAUUGCACUAAAACAAGAGACCAAUUUCAACCUGGUACAGACCAAAAUAUGCAAAGAUAUGGAUCUGGUCAAUUUUCUGCAACAUCUUCAGUGGAAAUUGUUGCAAAUUGAUAUAAAAACGUGGAUCUCUCUUGCUAGAAGUGUUGUUAGGCAUGUUCAAAUAUGCAAUGAUUCCAAGUUUUGUAGAAGCCAAAGUCUGUACUGAGCGGAAGGGCCCAGAUUUGACAAGUCUGAAAAACUCAAGUGAUUCUGUAUGUCCCCCGUGUUCCCUGUAGAUAGCCCCACCCCUUGUGUCCAUUAAGCAUGCAGUCCUGCAUCUGCCCCUGCAGCUCUCCUCCACCUCCAGCUCCACCUCCAACUACCACUACACCCCCACACACACCUAGAGCUACAACCACCUACAACUACACCCACACACACACCUAGAGCUACAAUUACACCUAGAGAUACACCUGCAGGUACAGCUCACCUACAGGUAGACCUACAUGUAAAGCCACAGAUCACCUCCACUUAGAGCUGUCCUCCACCCACAAUUCACCUCCAGCUCCUGCUCCACCCAUACCCACAGCUUACACCCACAGAUAUAGCUACAUAUCAACCUCCAGCUCCACUCACAGACACAGCUUCAGCUGCACCUCCACCUAAACAACUCACACAGCUACAACUCCACCCAUAGCUACAACUCCAUCUACGGCUCUGGCUCCAACUCCACCUAAAGCUACAACUCCACCCAUAGCUACACCUCCACCUACAGCUCCACCUUCACUUACUGCUUAACACGUACAGCUACACCUCCACACCUCCUACAGAUACACAUACAGCUAAAGCUCACCUCCACCUCCACCUUCACCUACCUAAACAUUUCACAGCACCAUGCCAGUUUUAACAGAGUUACAUGUGAUCAAACGACUAGCUGGAGGGUGUGAUUGAGAGCUGCCAGACAUGUCAAAAGAACCAUCCAUCACGCGUCUCACGGUUCCUGUUCUGGAAUAUUUAGCUCCAAAGGUCUCCUGAACUCUUAGGUGCCAAAUAUUCCUGCAGGGUUACACUCCAGAAUGUUGUGUUUUUCACUGCAUUGGUGUUGUCAUCAGUUACGCCCUAUUUACCACACCGUGAGCAGAACUAGCGGGAGGCAUCUCCAAACCCAUCCAAUCAGGUUCACUUGAGAGCUGAAAAGAGCCUUAAGGCCAACGUCCACUGGCGACGACUCAAGAGAUAGAACCGUUUUCUAAACUUUGCCGUCGACGUGCGUCAGACGCCACCAGUAGACUUUGCUCUGUUAAAAGUAAUGUAGUUCUAAACUUUGGCGUCACUUGACGCGCGUCAGAUGCCGUUAGUGGGCGUUGGCCUUUAGAAGGAGCUACACUAAGGAGGAGGAGCCAUAGCCCACAGACCCCACUGUCCUCCUAGACUAGUCAGAGUUGAGCAUUCCAUAUGACUACUACCGUUUAAGAUCAGGAAUGAAGCGUGACAAGAGUGUACCUUUAAGAGGAAUGUUUGUGACCUGUUUGUUUAGGCUUUUCUGUGGGAACAGUAGUUGCAUGGAUUGUCCCCUUUUUGAAGAAUGAAAAGACUUUGGAAAAUUAUGAAGUAAUCGAUAAUAAUCAGCAUUAGUUUUAGGAUGACAAAGCAUCUUGCACACUUCCAUGGUAUUUUUAAGUAUUUGUCAUCCCAUGUUAAAUACGAGCCCUGCGCUCCUGCCUAAGAGAGACUCAGUACUUUUGGACUUUUCUUCACAAUGACUUGUUAGUCACAGCAGAGUCAGACCAGGCAGUCGACGGACUCCUCGGAACCGGACAGGUCCAGAACCCACAGGGUGCCCAGACCCCAGCAGAACCCACCACGCCUCUGUAUGGGUGAUAGUUGUGUGUUGAUGGAGGUUGGACCUGCAGCUAUUUAACAGCUAGAGGUGCUGUGUGCUGCUGGGUUUGAGUGCUAGGUGUUGCUUACGCCAGUCAGACGGAGCACAGGAUAUGGAGACCAUGCUCUGAACAUUGUCUCUGUGUGUGUGUGUGUGUGUGUGUGUGUAUGUGUGUGUGUGUAUGUGUGUGUGUAUCUGUUGCAUGUCUGUUUUUACACACUCCCUCCCUCAGCCCGCGUUCAGUCGAGAUGUCAGUGGUUUUACUCUCUUUGCGUCUGUUCCCGUGUCUAACAAUAAAAUGCCCCUCUUUCGCCCUCAUGACUGUUUUUAAGAAAGCUAAAAGCAAUCGUUCUCUUUUUUCUUUAACUGUCUUUAGAACUCAGUCUGUUCAUGUCUGUAGACAACAGAAAGGUCAAAAUGAAAUCAAAUCUCUUUUUCUCCACAGUUGAUGAGUAGAAAUGUUUAAGGUGAAUAAUGAACAAGGGAAAAGAGGAGACCAGUUCCUCUGCUUCUCCCUUUGGUGCCUUUCUGUUUUCUUUUGUACACUCGACCAGACACCAACGACUUUAGUCACGGAGGCAAUGAGCUUCAAACUGUACCGUCUUGUUUUUCUGUACCAUAAUGUUUGUAUGAAACUCCAAGAUACUGCUUCUAACAGCAACAAAAUUGUUCUUCUGAAAAUGUUUUUAAGUUUCCAUGAAAGCGCUUCUCCCUGUUCAAGUUCUACUUCCUGCUUUUAGUCAAUAAAAGCUGUUGUCAUGGUAA